UGUUGAACCCUAUACUCAGUAUAUAUUCACAGUCUGAAAGAGAUCUCAUGUGGGGUUUAUCAGAGGUGUUGGGUGAAGCUCAGUGGGUUGAAAGAGUAGGGGUGGAGGCAGGAGAUCUCUAUAGGGCGGACACAUAAAACUGGCAGUAGAUCUGGAUGUGUGAUCAGUCGCUGAGGUUCUCUUUGCACUCUUGGACAUCUGUGGAGCUACAGAGAUCUGCUCGUGCGUUAUUGUGAUGGAUAUAAUGUGCUAAUGUCUCCAGGCUUUUGGACUUUGUUGGUGUUUGUAGUGUCUUCUGUUGAAAACUUCGUCUAUUCUCAUCUCCGGGAUAACGUUUGCGCCUUUACCAAUGGAAAAAAACCUCGGGAGAGUUCUUAAACAGCCUUUCAGGAACACGUAACCUUUACCCGAGGAACUUGUCCUGGAUCAGCUCUCGACAAACAUGGACUGUUUUCCCAUGCUUUAUUUUCUGUCGAGACAUCAUGAUUCCUGGUAAUCUAAUACUGAUGGUUAUUUUAUUAUGCCAAGUCCUACUGGGAGAGAGCAGCUAUGCUAGUCUAAUACCUGAGGAGGGGAAGAAGAAGGUCUCGUCUCAUCAUCUGGGUCAUGACCUGCUGCUGGACUUUGAAGCCACGCUGCUGCAGAUGUUCGGGUUGCAGAUGCGUCCACGACCAAGCGACUCAGCGGUUGUGCCCCAGUAUCUGCUCGACCUGUACCGUCUGCAGUCCGGAGAGCUGGAGGACGCUGCGGGUCACGAUGUCAGCUUUGAUUAUCCUGAGAGAUCUACGAGUCGAGCGAACACUGUGAGAGGAUUUCAUCACGAGGAGCACAUGGAGAAGCUCCAGGCAGACGGCUCAUCGGAGACUCCUCUACGUUUCCUCUUCAACCUCAGCAACAUCCCUGAGGAUGAGCUCAUCUCCAGCGCCGAGCUUCGUCUCUACAGGCAACAGAUAGAUGAUGCAAACUCAAAUCUCGAGCACAAUGGAGAUGAAGGUCUCCAUCGAAUAAACAUUUACGAGGUGUUGAAGCCUCCGCAGGCCGGCCAGCUCAUUACGCAGCUCCUGGACACCCGGCUGGUGCGUCACAACGCGUCCACGUGGGAGAGCUUUGACGUGAGUCCCGCCGUGUCGCGCUGGACCCGCGACAAGGACUCCAACCACGGGCUCGCCGUGGAGGUUCUGCACCUGAACCGGACCCCCCGCCACCAGGGGCGCCACGUGCGCGUGAGUCGGUCCUUGCACCCGGUUCCGGGCGAAGACUGGGACCAAAUACGGCCGCUGUUGGUCACUUUCGGUCACGACGGCAAAAGUCACCCGUUGACGCGUAGAGCGAAGCGCAGCCCCAAGCAAAGAGGCCGAAAGCGCAAUCGCAACUGUCGGCGGCACGCGCUGUACGUCGACUUUAGCGACGUGGGUUGGAACGACUGGAUCGUGGCGCCUCCCGGGUACCAGGCGUACUACUGCCACGGGGAGUGCCCGUUUCCCCUGGCCGACCACCUGAACUCCACCAAUCAUGCUAUCGUACAGACGCUGGUUAACUCUGUCAACACCAAUAUUCCCAAAGCUUGCUGCGUUCCCACAGAGCUCAGUGCCAUCUCAAUGCUCUACCUGGAUGAAACGGAUAGGGUGGUCCUGAAAAACUAUCAGGAGAUGGUGGUAGAAGGGUGUGGCUGCCGUUAAGCGGACAUAUACGGACUUUUCCGUCUGAAUGUUCAGACCCGGACACUUAUUUAUAACUUUUAUGUUGAGAUGUUUGUGUUUUUUGUGUCAUUUUUUGUCUUCUUCUUGACCAUAUGAUCAUAUAUUUUGACAAAAAAUAUCUAUAUAUAUUUAUAUCAACAUAAUAAAACAAAAGUGUUCUUAUUUUAAAUAUGUAAUUCAGCUGUACAGCUUUUCAUAAUGUAUAUCAGACUGUAAUAAGGGUUUUUCUACGAGAGCCUAAACGCCACUAAAAUGUUUAUUUACUGCUAGUAUUUAUUUGUUUAAUACAAAGAAAGAAAUACAGUACACGCUCUCCCAUCUGACCUGCUAUAUGAUCCAAAGAGUGAGAGCAUUGUUUGUCUACUUAAAAUAGAGCACUGUGUGAAUCUCAAGAGAAUGUUAAUGUUUUAUCAGUCAAAGAAAUCUGAUACGUGUCACUUUUUCCUCCAUCAUUUCGUCACAAAAACAUCUUCCCAAUAUCAUUUUCAAAUAAAUUGUAAAACAAUUCAACAACAGUGUGAGAUAAUAAUAAUAAAUGUGUUGUGUACAGCUUUAUCAGUGUUUCAUGCAUUAUGAUGUCACAUUUUCUUAUAUUCAAACAUUUUGGGGCGGUUUCAUGGACAGGGCUUAUCCCAGUCUAAUGUUUGAGCUGCUUUAAUUUAAAAACAUCUUAAUAUACAUCAGUGCCAUUGUUUUGUCUCAAGAUGCACUCAAGUAUUGUUUUUUGUAAGGUGUUUGUAAAAACUACUUAAAUGUCCUAAAAUAACUAAUGCCUAGUCCUGGAUUAAUCUAAACCCUGUCCGGGAAACCGCCCAUUUGUGUUGAAGUUUGCCCACUUUCAACAACAUUUGAGACAAUUUUCUGUAUGGUUCAACAAAGGUGAUUUUUACAACCAAU